AUGAGUGUGAUUGGCACGUAUGGGCAGGCUCGGUGGAGCUCGGCUAGCACUGCCUGCCGCUCAGGGUCAGCCGCUGAGGGCCUCAGGUUCUUCUCCUCCCCUCUCCUCGGUUUCCCUUCUCCUGAUGUCCUCCCUUGCCUGAGAUCUUCCUUCCCUGGCGGCGGCGACGACUGGGCGAGCGGCGGCCCAGCCCUUUGCCGGCGACGAGCGCAUCCUCCAGCCAGAAGAAGAAGAAGAAGAAUUAUUGGGUGUGCAUGUGUACACCCAUGUCCUGUGCUGGGUCUGCCCCUGAUCUCAACACCCACCUGCCACCGCGGAAGCGGCUGCUGGCCGGGCUCAGGACGCCGCCCACCGCCUGCGACGCUGCCGAUCCCCUCCCUGCCUCCGGCGAUCUCGCCGCCCGCCUCCGCGAGAUGGCGCUCGCCGCCAACGCCUCGGGCUCCUCGCCCGAGGAAAUGAUCGAGGCUGCCAGGGCGGCUGCGGAAGCCGCCGCUGAUGCGGCCGCAGCCGCCCGCGCCGCCGCCGCGGAGAAGGCGGCCGUGGCCGCCAAGGCUAGGGCAGCUGCGCGGGCUGCUAUGGAGUUCCUCGACUCCUUUUCCAGGACCGGCGCCUCCAGGAAUGGCCUCCAGUUCAAGGUCAAGUCCAGGAAGAAGCAUGUUCAGGUCAAGAUGUUGUACAGGCCCAAUGGAACCCUGGGGGACGCUCCCAAGCCUAGGAGGCGCAGGCAGUCCGACGAAGAGAUCGCACGCAAUUUGCACCGUGCCAUGAACAGCUCGCCCAGGAUCUCGCACACUGGACCACCCAAGAGGCCUCGUGGCACCGUUGCUGAUGGCAGCAAUGCUUGCAAUGGUUCUUCAAUUCAUGCGCCAAUUGAGGCCUUACCUAAUGGAUGCUCUGAGGGGAAAUCUAGUGAGGCAACUGCUGUUCCAUUGUUCAAGCAUGAGGAUGGUGGCCAUGACCCAUCUAAGCACGCUGCCAAGAGUAGCGCCGAUGUUGCUGAUAACGGGGCUGGGGCUGCAAACUUGAGCGCCGCCCAGAAAGUGAAGAUCAAGAGGAAGGAACUCCUCCUGAACCAACAUCAUAACAAUAAAGAAACACAAGAGCUCAGAGAAACAGAACCCUCUGUACAAGUACAACCUAUAGGACAGGAUGAAUCGAAGUUGAAUGGAAAUGGAACAGAAAAGCAUGGGAGCCCAACAGAUGCAAAGGCCCCAGGUGAUGGCGUGGCGCCGAUGAAGAUUACAUCUGUAUGGAAGUUCAAGAAGUUAAAAACAUCACACUGCUCCUCUGAUAGCAAGGUGUUGCACAACGUGUGCUCCUCUCCUAAAGCAGCCGAAACUUCAGCUUCGGUGAAAGCUGAUUAGCGAGGUACCAUACCGUAUAGUUGGCAGAUGCUUGUCUUUGCCACGCUUGUUGUGAGAUUUUUGUAUGUUGAAGUGGUUGUUCGGACAAAGAGGGAGAGGAGGUAAAUCUCUCUCGGUAGAUUUUACCUUUGCUUUGAUUUUUAAUACAAAUGUGCUUGUUUUAUGGUAUAUAGGUGACAGGGUAUUUGUACCGCAUUGCUUCUGUUCCCGCCCUUCCCAUUUGACGUCAUUAGUAAUAGGGGGUGUGACAAACCCAUUUAGUUGUACCUGCUAUGCAUAUCAUCAUUAUAAUAAAUGGCAUGUUGUAACCAAUGGUCUUCAGAUACUGAUACUGAACGUUUAGUAGCUGCUGCCUUCUCUGGGCAAAUGAUUCCUUUGCUCCCUUGUGAUUAUGGUGUAAAUGUGUUUAUAGUUGUUAAAUAUUGACGACUGUGAUUGCAGCUUUGUUAUGGCAGAA